AUGUCGACCAAACUAAGCUUAAUUCUUGGUCUAAUUAUCUUCACCGUCACACCAUUUUCUGGUGACUGUAGAGCUCUCUCCAAGAAACAUGAGCAUAACUCAUCAUCCCUCUACGGCUUUAGUUUCCAAGAUUCGAUGCAGGUUUCUUCUUCCACAAGCAAUGAUUGUGGCUUCUCCUCCACUAAACAUGAUCAUACCAAAGAAUCCGUGAAGCUUCAGCUACAGCGCCGGGAGAUUAAACAAGAAUCAAAGAGAAAAACACAUUCAGUUCACGAUCUCAAACUCCAAGACCUCACAAGAAUCCAGACGCUUCACGCAAGAGCUAAGAAAGCAAAGAACCACCAGAAACACAAGAAGGUUAUAUAUUCUCAGGUUACUGCUCCAGAGGCAUCACCGGGGCAGCUAGUGGCGACACUUGAGUCCGGUAUGACGCUUGGUUCUGGUGAAUACUUCAUGGACGUGCUUGUGGGGACACCACCAAAACACUUCUCAUUGAUUCUUGACACAGGAAGUGACCUAAACUGGCUCCAGUGCCUUCCUUGCUACGACUGUUUCCACCAACACGGUGCGUUUUAUGAUCCUAGAGCGUCUGCUUCAUUCAAGAACAUAACAUGCAAAGACCCUAGAUGCACCCUCAUCUCAUCACCUGAUCCUUCAGUACCGUGUGAAUCAAGUAACCAGUCCUGCCCUUAUUUCUACUGGUAUGGAGACAGAUCAAACACAACUGGAGACUUCGCGGUUGAGACCUUCACCGUUAAUCUAACGGAUGCUAAAGGAGGAAGCUCAGAGUACAAGGUGGAAGACAUGAUGUUCGGGUGUGGACAUUGGAACAGAGGUCUCUUUAACGGUGCUUCAGGUCUGCUAGGGUUAGGAAGAGGACCUCUUUCGUUUUCUUCUCAGCUUCAGUCUCUCUACGGUCAUUCCUUUUCUUAUUGCCUUGUAGACAGAAACAGUGACACUAACGUAAGCAGCAAGUUAAUCUUCGGAGAAGACAAGGGUUUGUUAACCAACCCUAAUCUGAACUUCACAUCUUUCGUGCACGGCAAGGAAACUUCUCUGGAGACAUUUUACUAUCUACAGAUCAAAUCCAUUCUAGUCAAUGGCCAAGCUCUUGACAUACCUGAAGAAACAUGGAGAAUCUCAUCAGAUGGAGCUGGUGGAACCAUCAUUGAUUCAGGUACAACCUUGAGCUACUUCACCGAACCAGCUAACAAGAUCAUCAAGAACAAGAUUACAGAGAAAGUGAAAGAGAAGUACCAUGUGUUUGAAGACUUUCCUAUCCUAGAUCCUUGCUUCAAUGUCUCUGGUGUAGAGGAGAGCAAGAUGGAGCUGCCUGAGCUCGGGAUUGCGUUCGCAGAUGGAGGAGUUUGGAGCUUCCCUGCAGAGAAUGUCUUCAUUUGGUUGAGUGAAGAAGUGGUUUGCUUGGCGAUUCUAGGAACUCCUGAAGCCUCCAUGUCCAUCAUCGGUAACUACCAGCAACAGAAUUUUCAUAUACUAUAUGAUACAGAGAGGUCUAGGUUAGGGUUUGCACCCACAAAAUGUGCAGAUAUGUGACCUAAGUUCUUG